AUGAGAGUCGAGGUUCCAGUACCCGUACGGUUAACUGUGACAAAGGAGAAGUGCAUAACCAGUCUAAAGUCCGUCAAAAGCUGCUCCGCAUACAGAUCAGAGGGAUUUCACAACAUAGCAGACUGCUACGUUAAACCAAGAUGGUGAUUAUGUCUGGAACAUACACGCUGGGGAUCAUAUGUCUGGUGCUUCUGAUUGUUCUGUUGGCCUGCAUCAUGUACCAUCCACUGAAGAAAUACUUUCAGGACUGGAACGAUUUGAGGCCAAUCCCUGGAGUGGAUGGAGCUUAUCCAAUCAUUGGGAAUGCACUUCUGUUCAGCACUAAUGCAGGAGAUUUCUUCAACCAGAUUAUUGAAGGCACUAAGGAGUUCAGACAUUUACCAUUGCUGAAGGUUUGGAUUGGACCCCUGCCAUUGGUGGUCUUGUUUCAUGCAGAGACUGUGGAGGGGAUUCUGCACAGUUCCAAACACAUAGACAAGGCCUAUUUCUAUAGGUUUAUGCAGCCUUGGCUUGGGACUGGCCUGCUCACCAGCACAGGGGAUAAGUGGCGUGGCAGAAGGAAGAUGUUGACCCCGACAUUCCAUUUCUCCAUCUUGGCUGAGUUUCUGGAGGUGAUGAAUGAGCAGGCUGAGGUUUUAACACAGAAACUGGAGAAGCAGGCUGGAGGAGAUCCAUUCAACUGUUUUAGCUACAUCACACUCUGUGCUUUGGACAUUAUUUGUGAAACGGCAAUGGGAAAGAACAUCUACGCACAAAGUAACAGCGAGUCUGAGUACGUCCGCAGUGUGUACAAAAUGAGUGACAUCAUCGGUCGUCGCCAGAGAGCUCCCUGGUAUUGGCCAGACUUCAUCUACAGUCUGUUAUGGGAGGGGAAGGACCAUGACAAUAGACUGAGGAUCCUCCAUUCAUUCACUCAGAGUGUGAUCAAGGAGAGAGCAGAAAGCAUGGAGAAUGCAGGUUCUGACAGUGAAUCUGACCAUGGCAUCAAAAGGAGAAGACUUGCCUUCCUGGACAUGCUGUUAAAAGCCACUGAUGAGGAGGGAAAUUACUUGAGCCAUAGUGAUAUCCAAGAGGAGGUGGACACCUUUAUGUUUGAGGGCCAUGACACCACAGCAGCCUCUAUGAACUGGGCCCUUCACCUACUGGGAUCCUACCCUGAGGUCCAGACCAAGGUCCAGGAGGAGCUCCAAGUGGUGUUUGGUUCCUCCAACCGAUCCGUCACCGCCGAUGACCUGAAGAGGUUACGUUACCUUGAAUGCGUCAUCAAGGAGACCCUUCGCCUCUUCCCCGCCGUGCCCAUGUUCGCACGCACCGUAAGCGACGACUGUCACAUCAAUGGCUUUAAAAUUCCUAAAGGAGUGAAUGCCCUGAUCAUUCCCUUCGCCCUGCACCGCGAUCCACGAUACUUCCCGGAUCCCGAGGAGUUCCGGCCAGAGCGCUUCCUGAUAGAGAACAGCACAGGACGACAUCCCUACGCAUACAUCCCCUUCUCCGCUGGACCCAGGAACUGCAUCGGCCAGCGGUUUGCCAUGAUGGAGGAGAAGGUGGUGCUGUCUUCGGUGUUGCGUCGCUUCUCCGUGCGGGCCUGCCAGAGCCGAGAGGAGCUGAGACCUCUGGGUGACCUUAUACUCCGACCAGAGAAGGGUAUUUGGAUUACGCUAGAGAAGAGACAAUGCUAGAGAAGAGAUGCUAGUCUCCCCCGCCAAACAGCUUCCACUAUAAUACUAUGGUACUUUGUCAUGUUAGAGAAGAGAUGCUAGUCUCCCCCGGCAAACAGCUUCCACUAUAAUACUAUGGUACUUUGUCAUGCUAGAGAAGA